AUGAACAACAUUGUAAUUUUAGGAGGUUCUUCUCACCCACAAUUAGCAGAACAAAUUGCUACAAGAGCUGGUGUUCAUCUUGGACACGUCAAGUUAUCAAAAUUUUCAAACAAAGAAACGAACAUAGAAAUUCAAGAAAGUGUUAGAGAGAAAGAUGUUUACAUUGUUCAAUCAGGCUGUGGACAUGUUAAUGACAACCUUAUGGAACUUUUAAUUAUGAUAUCAACAUGUAAAAAUGCUUCUGCUGCUAGAGUAAGUGCCGUGAUUCCUUGCUUUCCAUACUCAAGACAACCAGAUGCUUCUCAUAAAAGAAGUGGAGCUCCUUUAUCACAUAAACAAACAAACAAUCCUACAGGUUAUACAUACGAUACGCCUGCUAUACUUGAUCCAAUUUUUACAUCACCGUUAUCAUCUCAAGUAGAUGAUCCUUUCAGUGCUGCUUUUAAAAAAUUUGGUGAACAAAAUUCGUCAUCAAAUGGUUUGGAUGGAUUGUCAACUAGAUCUAUUGCAAAUAAUAAUGAUGGUAAUAGUGGUAGUAAUAACAAUGGUUAUAGACAUUGGAUUGCACAAUCUGGAACUCUUGUAGCGAAUCUUUUAACGUGUGCAGCUGAUCAUGUCAUGACUAUGGAUCUUCAUGAUCCUCAAUUUCAAGGAUAUUUCGAUGUACCUGUUGAUAAUCUAUACAGUCAACCAUUAAUGAUAAAAUAUAUAAAAGAAAAUAUACCAAAUUGGACCAAUGCAAUAAUCAUAUCUCCUGAUGCAGGUGCCACUUCUAUCGCUGAUAAACUUCAUGUUGAUUUUGCACUUAUUCAUAAAGAACGACGUUCUCAACAUGCCCCUCAUAAAAAGGAUAUGAUGUUAAUUGGAGACGUUAAGAAUAAAACAUGUAUCUUGAUUGAUGAUAUUUCAGAUACAUCAUAUACAAUCACUAAAGCUGCUCAAAUACUUGCUGAAAAUGGUGCAAAAAAAAUUUAUGCACUUAUUGUUCAUGGAAUUCUAAGUGGUGAUGCUAUUCAACGAAUACAGUCCAGUGUCAUAGAUCAGGUUAUUGUCAGCAACAGUGUCCCACAGGAUGAGCACGAAGCACAAUGUUCAAAGAUUAAGGUUUUUAAUGUUGCUCCUAUUCUUGCUGAAGCAAUCAAAAGAGCACAUAAUGGUGGUAGUGUUAGUGCUUUAUUGGAUCACAAGAGUACAAUAUAA